AUGCCCGAUUCGGGCAACAUUCAGCCUUGUCACCCACCAAAAACCAACACCAACACCAACACCAACACCAUCUGCCGUCUACACCACUGUCAGUGGGUUGAUCCUAGUCAUAAUAACCCGAGUAAUUAUCUCAUUACGAAUCGCCCCCAAAUGCGGUCCAUCCUGCUUCCUUCAUGACAACCCUUCUCACUACCAUCAUCAUCAUCAUCUUGACCCUUUCCAGCCUCGCAAUCUCGUCGCUGAUCUGCAUCCUCUACAAACCCCCCAAGUGGCUGAUCCGCUGGCUCCAGGCCCGCCACCCCAACGUCCUGUUCCACGUCCCAACGGGUGACAAGACUGUGGCUCUGACCAUCGACGAUGGACCGUCCCGACACACGGCAGAGAUCCGGCGUCUGCUCAGGGCGCACGGCGUCACGGCCACGUUCUUCGUCAUCGGGUCACACAUCCCCGGCCACGAGCAGACGCUGAGAGAAUUGGUCCUGGACGGCCACGAGCUGGCGAACCACGCCAUGUACGACGAACCGGCCCUGCGCAUUCCGCCGGAAGAACUCGCGCGGCAGAUCCAGACGGUGGAAAGACAGAUCCGAGACAUCUACGACUCGGUAGAUCCGAGGCCAUCUGCCGUGAAGAAGAGGCAGCCCAGGUAUUUCCGGCCCGGGAGCGGCUUCUUCACCGCGUCGAUGCUCGCCCUCCUGGCCCAACCACGUCUCAACUACAGGCUCGUCCUGGGGAGCAUUUAUCCCUGGGACGCGCAGAUCUCAUGGCCGAGGCUGAAUGCGUGGCAUAUCCUAAGCAGUGUGACCCCCGGCGCGACGAUCGUCAUCCACGAUAGGCCGUGGACGGCGCCAAUGCUGAGAAUCGUCUUGCCGGCGCUGAGGAGACACGGGUGGAGAGUCGGCACGGUGACGGACCUGUUGAGCCACUCUGUACAAGCUCGAGUCAGAGAAGAUGGUGAGGGACGUAGUCAGUGGGAAGAAUAGCACCGUUCUCCAGACAGACAGCCUUCAAGGGAAGUAAGUCAUGAUGGUUCUUUCGCAACACAAAACAGAUUGUAUCCGUCACACGCCGAGUAUGAUAUGUACCUUUGCUUGUUCCGAUCCCCAUCGCCAUGCAGCGAGAAAAAUCCAAUAAACAUGCGUCGAGCAUCCAGCAGGCAGCCUCUCUGGGCUUCACGUUUUCCGUCUCACAGCCCCUGCCAGCACUCUGGCUCCAAAUCAUCAGCUUUCAUCCUGGCUCUAGGGUCGUAACAUGAGCCAUAAAACUUCACAUACAUCCUCAAAGAACGAAGCCCAACAAUAAAGUGCACACUGUCAUGCCUUCCUAUACUCUGCCAACGGCAGCCACCACCGCUUUCAGCCGUAUAUCCAUCUCCCACCACAUCUCCAGUCGACUCUGGCCCUCA